AGAUAUAAAGGGGCCGAGGGGGCACCUCGCGGCCAGGUUUUCCCUCCUUCCCCGCGCGCGCGCUCUGCUUGAGACCGGAGCUGCCAAGCAGCCCAAGUCCAGCAGCGUGACUGACUAACUGUCCUAAAACGAGGAGACUUUGCGGGGGAGGGACAGCGAGUGGAGACCGACAGAAGCGAAGGCUGGCCAAGUGAGGCGACCCACCGGCGCACUUCACCUGCGAGCGGGGAGAAGGGGGUGUAUUUGGCUUUACCUGCCCCUGCCGUCGGCCUCUGAAGUCCUCGACUCACCUCGCAGACCCGAGACCCUCCAAUGAGCGCCGCCACCCUGGACAGCCUGGACUCGCUGUCUUGCUACAGAAACUGGCCCCUGGAGCCCGCCAAUUUCUACGAGACCAGGGUGGUUGAAGGCGGCGGCGCGUUGAGUCCCUCGUGCAAAGCGGGCAGCAUGAGCGCCGCCGUCGAGGAGCCUGGCGUGAUGGCGCCCGGCAGCCGUGACCUGGCGGAGCUGAGUGCCGCCGCGCCGGCCAUGUACGAGGACGAGAGUGCCAUCGACUUCAGCUCCUACAUCGACUCCAUGGCGGCAGUGCCCAACUUGGAGCUGUGCAACGACGAGCUGUUCGCUGACCUCUUCAACAGCAACCACAAGGGCGGCGAGCGCGGCAGCGGCGCCUACGGAGAGUACCUGCCUCCGCCUCCUGCUGCGUCGCACCACGCGGCGGCUGGGGGCAGUGCCUUAGCCAGCCUGCUGCACGCCAGUGUGCCUCCCGGCCCGCUCCGAGGCGCCGUCAAGCAGGAGCCCGACUGGGGCGACGAGGCGUCAGGCUCAGCCUCGCUGCUGCCCUCGCAGAUCGCCACCUGCGCCCAGACCAUCGUCAACCUGAGCGGGCAGCCCACGCCGCCCACCUCCCCAGAGCCGCCAGGCAGCGCCUCGCCGUCCAGCUAUAGCAGCCGCUCUUCCGCGUCGUCGUCGUCGUCGGGAGGCAAGGAGCGGGUGGCCAAGAAGUGCGUGGACAGGUUCAGCCCGGAGUACCGGCAGCGGCGGGAGCGCAAUAACAUCGCUGUGCGCAAGAGCCGCGACAAAGCCAAGCGCCGCAACCAGGAGAUGCAGCAGAAGCUGGUGGAGCUGUCCGCCGAGAACGACAGGCUGCACAAGAAGAUCGAGCAGCUCAGCCGGGACUUAACCAGCCUCCGACACUUCUUCAAACAGCUGCCCAGCGCCUCUUUCCUGCAGCCCCCCUCGGCUACGGACUGCCGGUAACGGGCUGCGGGAGGAGCCACGGCUGACUUUGCAAGAGUAGACUUUGAACUUUUUCCAGAAUACCUCAGAGAGCCGCACAAAGUAGCGGGGGCAGCGUGGACGGGGUGGGAAGGGGGGACUCUGUGGGAAGAGGAGCCCGGCUGUAGAGGACACUGCUGCGCCCGCAGGUGUGCCGAGAGGAAGGGCGCUCUUCGCUCUCGUCUUUCCUCUCAAGGAAGGAGAAAGCUAGCUGGGAAGGCUAGAAACAAACGCGGCGCGAGUGAAAAGGUGCUGGCUUUCACGUUUCUUCUGAAUGGGUUAAGCCUGGGUCUUUGACCAUAAAACUUGCCCCCCCCCCACAAAAAAAAGUGAAAGAAAGAAAGAAAAGCUAAACGUCUCUUUUUCUUAAAUUAUUUUUGUAAUGAUAGGUUUUUUGGGUUGGUUUUUUUUUACACUUUACUCAUAUUGAUGCAGCUACGGUACUUUGUAAGAAAAAUCAUUUUCAAAACACUUUUUAUUGUAAACAGCAAGAGAAAAAUAGACUGAGCAUGCUCAAAACUUUUAUAUAAAUUUUUACAGUAUUUCUAAAAAUAAAAAAAAACAUUUGAAAUGUA